AUGCGUGCCGCAGCCAUAAUCAUGACAUCGACCGGAUCCGGUCACUCGAGUCUUGCCAGCAUCGCCGUAAAGGGUCUCGCUCACGCUGCGCCGGAGAUCGUUCAUUUUGGCGACGACAUCUUCAAUGAUAUCUUCGACACCGGAAACGAGGACGUAAGCCAGACGCAGGCAUCCGCUGAUACCGACGCCACGGAGGAUGCAAGCCAAACGCAGUCCUCCCCCGAUGCCGACCCCACGAAUUCAGCUUCUGUUUCCAGGCGGUCGCUCGCGCUCACGAGUGUCAACCGAUUCCCAGUCAAGGCGGCGUCAAUAAUCGCAGCCGGCGGAUCUGAGCUCGUCACAGCCGCGCCGACAGUGACCGCUACUACACUGGCGGCCUCCAGUCCAUUAAGCACCAGCAUAUUCUUGGGCGUGCUCCCCCCGGAAAUCCAAACCUUGACACCUGAGGAGGCCCAGCGCAUAGCCAGUUUUUUCGAGUCAGAAUUCCCGACAUCCUCCGUUACCCGCAGUGCUCAGCAAACUGCUCCAACGCUUAUUCGUCCGAUAGAGACUCGCCACCUUCGCAACCUGGCGUCUCGUUCUCCAGGGAUAGGGACUGUCUUCAAAGAUGGUCUGGAGAUCGUACCUGACCUGGUUGAUGCCGGAAAGAGCAUCGUGGACAAGUUGGAGGGAUCGUCUUCGAAUGACGAUCGAGACGACGACCAGCCGACGUCUGCUACUGAUGACCAGCCCACAUCCGCUACCGACAACCAGCCUACCUCCGACGAACAAUCGGCACCUGCUACCGACGAUGGCCAGGACGACGCCCAGCCAGUCGGCUCCGUCGCACCUCAACCACCAGUUCACCCUGGUGUCGUCGGCACACGGAGGAGCCACGUUCUAACGGAGAGGCAGGCCGUCCAAAUCGCAGAGGCGGCGGGAACCCUUUUGCCGGGCUUGAUUCACAGCAUCGCGGACGGCAAUGCGGAAGCCGAUGUCAAGGAAGGCUUCGAUAAGCUGAAGUCCAUUCUUCGCUUCCGCGUCGAGUCUGAUCGCGUAAACUCGGCCCUUGGCAGCCGGGAGCUCCCAACCGAUGAGGAACUCGAUGGCACGCUGCGAAGCAAAUAUAACAUCUACGUGACUAACUACGGCACGUCUGUGGCGUGCGAUGAAUUCGACGACGCGGUCCUUGUGCAUUCUCUUCCAGUCCUCAAUUUCUUCCGUAAUAGAGCUCUCAAGGUCUUCCACCACCGGAAGAAUAUUGCCUAA